AUCCUUGGGGCUCAACGGCGCCUUAAAGCCUACACACAGAUAUACACUCGACACAACGACAAAUUAACCGCUCGCUGUAAGAAACAUCUUCAAGAACGCGCGCUGAGCGACAGGGUCUACUAUGACGACAACCAAGUCAAAGGGUCUCGGAGAAGGUCCCUAUUGGGUCUGUCCCACACUUUAACUAAACACGGCAUGCAGACAGGCUCUAACCCCUCGGCUGCUGCCGCUACCACACGCUCUAUGCCUGCGACACCGAAGGACAAGCGAAGGCGCAGCACAGGCACGUGUCCAUAUGUGUGGGAAAAGGCGAAGCUGAUGUUAAACAGAGCGCACACUAGGACUGAAAGCAUGUCUGACCAGCCAGGCCAGCCUAUUCCCGAGGGGGAGGCGCGCCUUCCGGGGGGCUACCCAACUGUGCGGACGAGGUCUGAGGGGUGGAGUGGACAUACGUACAGGGAGAGACCUACUGGCGGUAGGCAUACGGAGGUAGGCACAAGAGUAUAUGUGCACACGCCCGAGUCUCCGGCUGGUGUAUCAGAAGGUACUGGGGAUGCCGAGGAGAUCACACCUGUACCGGAGAGCUCUACCUACCGUCGUAGGCAUAGUACGGGGGCUGUGCGGCCGAGUGCGAAGUUUCAAGCGGAGUCCGCCAAAUCCUCAGUGAGGUCUAUUAAGAGACUCCGUGGGCUGUUUAAAGCCAUCUCCACGCAGCUGACUGGGUUGGUCACUGGCAGUUUUGAGGGUAAUACGGACUCGAAUGGUAGCAGCAAUGGUUCGCCGGUCCAAGCCAGUACAGUGGGUGAAUGCCCUGGUGCGGCAAACGGGCGACGGAAACAUGGUCAGGAAGAUAUGGGCACGACAGAAUCAGCCCAAAAACAUGAUCAGGAAGAGAUGAACAGUAAACGCUGGGCCCAAACUCAGGGUCAUGAAGGAAUAUACAAGGCAAACCUGACAGAAAGAGGGGACGAAAAAGAGUUAAAUGGGCCAAUCUUGAGCCAAAAACGGGGCCACGAAGAUAUAAAAAGGGCAGAUUUGACCCAAAAACGGGACCAAGAGACGAUGGAUAAGCCAGACAUGACCAAAACUCAGGAUCAGGCAGAGAAGAUCAACCCCCAACUACAAGAGUGUGGCGGCGAAGAUACGGCGCACGCAGAUAAGGCUUCUGCUGACGCUGUAGAGUCUGUGCUCAAUCCAAUUGACACAACAACAGUCUCAGAUAGCUUUACUAUAGACUCGGGAGAGCCUACUAUAAUGGGUGGGAAAAUAACAGUCACGAAUGAAGUUACUGCAGACUCGGCAGAGAUACCUACUAGAAUGGGUGACCAAAUAGCAGUCACGGAUGGGAUUACCACAGAUGACUAUAGUACAAGCACCGUUUGGAGUGGCAACAAGACGGCAGCCGUUGGCCGUGAUACCGUGACCACUCUCGACGGUGACGACGAUGUGCUGACCAUCUCGGCCCAUAUAUUGGGUAGUGUGCACCUGCAGUUCGAAGACUUAUUACCUACCACAUACGCGGACUCGCAUUGGGCCCUACUAGAGGGCAUGGACACGCGGAGGAGUCCUAAAACCCUCUCGCAGAUGACUGGAAAGGGCUAUAACUGGGCAAAUAGGGACUCAGAGCGAGACCGAACAGAUGUUUGCAUCUCACCGCCUGGCGAGGAGGCGGAUCGGGACAAUCUCGCCACAGCGCGAGUGUGUACUUCUGUAGCAGAGGUGCAGAAGGGCAAAAAUGGUCCACCGCCGACGAGGACAGGACAGGCCCUAGCCUCCACAGGCGGGGUGCAUCCACCACCGGCAAGCGACUCACAUGCAACUCUUUUGCACCUGCUAAUGGGACAGGAAGGUGCCGCAACUGCGUCGGGAGAAGAUAAGACGGACUCGCCAGUUCUGCAGGGCAUUGUAGGUGUGGGUGCGAGUGUGGAUGUGGAUGGCUACACUCAUCGUACCGCUCAAAGGGGAGGUGAAAGACGGUGUCAGUGUCCGCCUGUAGCCCUCCCUAAGGCCCCCCUCACACACACAAAGACCCAUGCGAGGCGGCACUCCAUCUCAUGUACCGGUUCGGCAGGCGCGUUCUGCUCAGUCAGACACGCCCUACUUGCGGACGGAAUGAGACCUGGCUGGGAUAGUACUGUAAGCAGGUACGAUAUCAUAGCCGCAAUGUUAACAGAGCCCGACGAUAUGGUGUCCCCUGCUCACACAACGGCAUCGGAUGUGUGUAAGCGUGAUGACGAGGCAGUUGGAGGGGGUGAGGGAGAGACGGCUCAACGCAGCACUGUACGGGACGAUACGAAGGUGAAAGGGGACAGUGCACAACCGGGUGAUGCCUUGGGAGAGUAUGGGGCUGUAGAUAUGGCUACUUUACUAGCGAGUCUUUAUACCGAGGGACGCCAAGGGAUGAGUGCCGCGGCCAGUACGCUGAAUCGCAGCCGAACCGAUCCUGGCCAAGAUGCCAAAGGCAAAGACAAGGCGACCGUUGAGGGUCCGCUUAAUCCGCGAGUGAAUGUGGGUGUAGAUAGGGGAGUGGGUGUAGAUAGGGGAGUGGGUGCUGGUAUUGGGAUAAAGGCUCGCAGAAACUCGGUGGGCUGCACUACUGGGGAUGGAUGGAAGGAGUCAGCAGUGUUUGGAAGGAGAAUGGACCCGAGAACACGUUCGCUAUGUACGUGUCCUCAUUGCAAGGUUAGAAACGCGUUAACACCUUGGCGAUCGCGUACUUUAGUUAGAACGACGUCUGCGGGACGGUGCACGGGUCUGUGGAUGCAGAAGCAGAAACAGAGUGAUGUUGAGGUGCAUUCGAGUCCGAAACCGCGCGAAACGGGUGCACCGAUGGUAGUGGACAAGGCCAGUGCCUCACCCUUUUCCUCUCAAACAGGUAGGGCAAGUGAUGAGCCCAGAUCAAACACCAAGGCCACGCGAAGACCCAGCGAUGCAUCAUCUUCCAUACACGAAGAGAGUGUGUAUGUGUGUGAAGCGGAUAACCGGUCUGAAGCCAGCCAACUAUCCCGUGGGUGUGUUACGGGUGCUGCUGUGGCGUAUGGGACACACUUGCAGUCCCCCGGAAGCGUGCAAGCGUGUGCGCCUAAUGUGAAGACUGUCCGAGGACCCGAUGUCCUGAUUGUACCGGUUGAGGUGCUGGAGACGAUUCAGCGACGGGUGAUCCGGUUUCUUUGGACGCAGUAAGGAAUUUGGAUUGGCAUUGGAAACAUUGCCCGUAUACAACUUAGUAUAGAUUUGCAAUUUCUUUUCAUACCCAAUUUGAGUAGUAUUUAGAAUUCGUCUGGAACUCUGAUGUAACGUGGGAUACACAAAUCCUAUCAGGCCGUUGCGAUCUCCCAGGAGGGCGGAUGUACAUUCGCUGAGGUGAAAACCAUUACUAAUUUAAAACCAUUACUAAAUUGGAA